AUGGCAGAAGUAGCUCCAGCUCCGGCUCCGGCCAAAGCCGCCAAGAAGAAAGUGUCCAAGCCGAAGAAGGCCGGCCCCAGCGCGGCAGAGCUCAUCGUGAAGGCCGUGGCCGCGUCCAAGGAGCGCAGCGGCGUGUCCGCCGCCGCCGUCAAGAAAGCUCUGGCCGCCGGAGGAUACGACGUGGACAAGAACAAAGCCCGCGUCAACACCGCCAUCAAGAGCCUGGUGACCAAGGGGACCCUGGUCCAGACCAAGGGGACCGGGGCCUCCGGCUCCUUCAAGAUGAGCAAGAACACUGACACGAAGGCCAAAGCUCCCGUGAACAAAGCGGCUCCUAAAGCCAAGAAGCCCGCCGCCAAGAAACCCGCAGCAGCGAAGAAGGCGAAGAGCGCAGCGGCCAAGAAACCAGCAGCGGCCAAGAAGAGCCCCAAGAAGGUGAAGAAGCCCGCAGCGCUCAAGAAGACGGCCAAGAGCCCCAAGAAGGUCGCCAAGAGCCCCAAGAAGGUCGCCAAGAGCCCCAAGAAGGUGCUGAAGAAGGCCCCCAAAGCCAACAAGUCCCCCGCCAAGAAGGUGGCCAAGCCCAAAGCCAAGAAGGCAGCACCCAAGAAGAAGUGAAGCAUCACUGCUGGAGGAAAUUAAAAAGGCUCUUUUAAGAGCCACCACCUCAUCCUGAGAGUUCUUUUCCUAUCACUUUGUUUUUUUUCAACAAUAAAUUGCACAAUUACCCUCAAUGUAUUAAAUGUACAUUCAAGGGAACAUUACUAUAUUUUACACAAAAGUAAA